GUCCCCACGCGCCGGGAUGCGACGUGGGCGCAGGCGCGCUCGCUGCUGCGUCCGGGGUCUGCCUGCGGUGACGUCAGCACGCCUCGCGGUUUCUAGCCCCUCAGCCUCGGCCCCCGACUCCCGCGCGGACCGGCCAGGGGCGGGGCGUCCGGCCAGUUGAACUAUCCCGACAGACCGCGGCUUUUUGAAUGAAAGCUCCUCAAGAUGGCGGCGGCCGGAGCCGACACGCGAGGAGGAUAUGGAAUAUUAUCUUGUAAAAUGGAAAGGAUGGCCAGAUUCUACAAAUACUUGGGAACCUUUGCAGAAUCUCAAGUGCCCAUUAUUACUUCAGCAGUUCUCCCAUGACAAGGAUGUUUACUUAUCUCAAGUAAAGAAGGGCCACGCAGUAACUCUAAAAAACAAUAACAAAGCCCUGAAUCCUGCCGUUGCUGAGUACAUUGUGAAGAAGGCUAAACAAAGGCUAGCGCUGCAGAGAUGGCAGGACGAACUCAACAGACGGAAAACUCACAAAGGGAUGAUCGUUGUGGAAAACACUGUUGACCUAGAAGGCCCGCCUCCAGACUUCUACUACAUUAAUGAAUACAAGCCGGCGCCUGGGAUCAGCCUAGUCAACGAAGCUACCUUCGGUUGUUCAUGCACAGAUUGCUUCUUUGAGAAAUGUUGUCCUGCUGAAGCUGGAGUUCUUUUUGCUUAUAAUAAAAACCAACAAAUUAGAAUACCACCAGGUACCCCCAUUUAUGAAUGCAACUCAAGAUGUCAGUGUGGACCCGAUUGUCCCAAUAGGAUUGUACAGAAAGGCACACAGUACUCACUUUGCAUCUUUCGAACUAGCAAUGGCUGUGGCUGGGGUGUAAAAACCCUUGUGAAGAUUAAAAGAAUGAGUUUUGUCAUGGAAUAUGUUGGAGAGGUAAUCACGAGUGAGGAAGCCGAAAGACGGGGGCAGUUAUAUGAUAACAAAGGAAUCACCUAUCUCUUUGAUCUGGACUAUGAAUCUGAUGAAUUCACAGUGGAUGCAGCUCGAUACGGCAAUGUGUCUCAUUUUGUGAAUCACAGUUGUGACCCAAAUCUUCAGGUGUUCAAUGUUUUCAUUGAUAACCUUGAUACUCGUCUUCCCCGAAUAGCAUUAUUUUCCACAAGAACCAUAAACGCUGGAGAAGAGCUCACUUUUGAUUAUCAAAUGAAAGGUUCUGGAGAUAUAUCUUCAGAUUCUAUUGACUACAGCCCAGCCAAAAAGAGAGUCAGAACUGUGUGCAGAUGUGGAGCUGUGACUUGCAGAGGUUACCUCAACUGAAUUUUCAGAAAAUAGAGCGGAGGAUAAUUGUAGUUUUUCUUUUUUCUGAUGUUAACAUUUUUAAAAAUAAGUAUUCGGGACUCUUUUCAUACUGUCAAGAUUAUAUGCUAUGUAAAUUUACAUUUCAUGUUUCAGACUCUUGGCCAAAUGCAUUUCUGAUGCUUCUGAAGGGAGGAACACAGGGUCACAUGGACUAAUUUGAAAUACACCUCAUUAGUGGUUAGGGAGCAAACAAGCAAGGGAAACUGGUAUCAGCAUAUGUGUGCUUAAGAAGUCUCUGUGAAUAGAGAAAUGCCUCCCUCAGUGUUUUAAGUGCUAAACCGAUGAUAUCACAGUCACUAAGAUGAAACAUUCAACUUGCCAUACACCUUGAAUUUAGAGAAAUACUUAACUGAAUUUGGGCAAAUAUGCAACGUUCUAUUUUUGUUAUGUUGUCAUUCCUGUUUACCUAUUUAUUACUGUAAAUACCGUUCUUGUAUUGGAGACAAAUAGGUGGUACUGAAUUACACUCUCAUUUUCUAUUUCUACUUCUUUCAUUAAAACAUUGAGAUCUUGACACAGAAAUUUAGGUCUAAAAAUAAGUAUGGAAAAAUUUAAUUACAAUUGGAUUUCAUAUUUUGAAGCAAUUUAGACGAUAACGAGGGGUAUAUGUCUGAACCAGUUAUUCUUAAAGGUUUUUUAAUCCUGUGGAAGAAAAAUCUCCAAAAAGCUCUCUGAAAUUCUAGAAUGGCUGGCCAUUAUGCCUCUUGGAAAUGACACAGCAGUGGAACCAGGUGGGUUGUUUUGGAGUACCAGGCAAGGGAAAUAGGGUACUUUUAGACCCUUUUUAAAACCAUAAAUUAGGAGAUCCAUGUUGAAUACGUGUGGUCUAAACAGUAAAACAAGAUGCCCCUGAGAGCAGCUACACCUGAUGAUAAUAUUUCUUCACACAUUAACACUGUAUCUUCUGAAUUUCAGGCAGUUUUAACAUUUCCUUUCCACCAAAUUUAAUUCUUUUUCUAUUUCCUGCACGCUCUUCUUAAAAAAUAAGUAUAUUUUCAAUUGAUACUUAUUUUAUAAAUGAAUUUUUUAAAUGUGAUAAAGCUACACUUGGCUUGGUCAGAGUGUGUGCCUGAAUUAUGAGACCAUUUAUUACUUGAAUUAUGAAGACUGAAAUGGAAUAUAUUCCUUGUUGGUUUUGUUUAUUAGUUUCUCCUGAUUGAGGUUUUAUUAUGCAGGAAAACAAUGUUUUCAUCUUUCUCAUUCUGGGAUUUUUAAUCAAGACGUCCAACAUAAAGCUAAAUGCAGCAAAUAAAUCUAGCUUUUAGUAUUCCUAAUUAAGUUGUAUCUAAGCUCGGUGCCCUAGGUUUUAACAACCUAAAAGAAACUUGGGUAAAAUUGAACUGACUUCAAGAAUGCAGCCUAUCAAAUAUCUUCUUAAUCUUUAAUCUCUUUUUUGGGAGAAUCUAUACUUUAUUAUUUAUUAUAUUGGUAUCACGACUGCUCUUUCAUAACAAUAAAUUGUUUACAUGUUAGAAGCUCAGAGUAUAUCUGCAAACCAAAAUUGGCAGGUGUCAUGAACAAAUACAUUCUUUUAGUGCCGUUUCUUAUGUUUUCUUUAUAAAAAAAUAAUCACAUAGAAAAAUCAGUGGUGAGCGAGCAUCACUAAUUUUACAGGUUGUUCCCGGUGGCCAAGCAUACUUUGAAUUAUAAUCGUCACAGAUAGGUUUAAAGAUGUAAUUUUUGCAUUCUUUUUAAAAAGUCAGUGUUUUACUGUCUAGUUUCUUGAUUUUGCCCACUUUUUGUGUUAAAAAAUAUUAAACUGGAGGACAAAGGGAAAAACGGCUAUUUUCAGUCAACUUGUUUUGUCCUUAUUAAUAGAAAUAUAAUGGGCCUUUGAGAUUUUAAUUAUCUGUGUCAUCCUUAUGUUAAAAAGCUGAACUUAAGCAGUAAAAUAAUACAAACUAACUGAAGUUGUUAGGAGCUUUAUUUUAAUUCAACAUUUAGCUUCUUUAAAUUCAUUUCCUAAAUUGUCAAGACUGUGUUCUCUCAUUAUAAAGUAAAUAUUCAUGGGUAUUAGAUGAAGUUUAAACUGUAAAUGAAUCCACUGUACAAGUUGUAUUAACACCACUGUUCGUAUCUACCUAAAGGGAUUGUAGUCACAACUGGUGAUCUCAGGGUUUUUCUCCAUGUAUGCAAAAUCUAGACAGCACUUAUUUUUCUUACAGUUCAACAGUUAUUCUUUAGCAAAUAAAUUCAGUUUGGCAUUUGAUUUUUCUGUUUCUUGUGGGUUAGCUUUGUUUACAAAUAUUUUACUGUCUUUUUUUAGUAAGGCUACAGAAGGGGCAGAAAAAUACUGAUGUAUUCCUGACGACCUGCUGUUGAGAUUAACCAAAGGUGUAUAUACCAUUCCUUUAAAUGUUACUUUCCUUUUUAAAAUGCUCGUUGUUGUCAUGGUUCAUGCACUUGGAUAUUAAAGUACAAUUUUCACUCAGUAGAAUGUGGAUGGAUACUUCUGAAACUUUUUGAGCGUUAUUAGUUACCAGGUAUUUAAACAUAUUUUGCUAAGUACUCCUUAGAAGUACAAAGGAAUUUUAGAAUUCGAGCUAAUAUUCUUUGAGUAAGUCUACACCUUUAUAUGUCCUCGUGAACUUCUCAUAAUUGUAUGAGGUUGGUGCUAUGGUGUCUACAAUCCACCUGAGGUAGGAGGUUCAGACUGUUAGGUCACAUGCCCAAGAUCACCCAGCGACGAGGCAGGCAGGAAACAUACCUGACUAUUUUUAACGUAUUUAACCAACUCCAUGCAGAUUUAAAAAAAGAAUUUCUACUAUUAAACUUCUAAGUCUUGGAUUCCUCUCCAAGAAAAAUGUGGCUAGCCAUUGGGUUUCUUCUGUGAUGUAUCUUGGCAUUUUGAAAUUUUUUCUUCUCACUUUUCCUUUUAUGCUUUCCAGUUCUUCAAGUAAAAGUCAAGGAGCCACUAUAAUUAAUCCUGCCCACUGUCAUGCUCUGAGAGGCCUCACUGCAUAGCGGUUAGGAGCAUGGUGUCGGGGGCCUGAAUUGCCUGUUUGAGUCCUGGCUUCGCCCCUUACUAGCCAUGUGAACUAACCUCUCUGUGCCUUAGCCUUCUCAUCUGUGAGUGGGGAUAAUAAAUGUGUGUUGUGAGGAUUAAAGGAGUUACUACAGUGUGUAAAAUAAUUAAGCAUUGUCACAGUAAGUAUAUAGCUAAUAAUAUGUAAGUAUUACAUAAUGACAGUACGCAGUUAUUCUGUACUUCAAGUAGAGUAUUAACCUGUAGUGGUUUUAAAGUACAGGUUUAUGCAGUUUACCCUUGAACAACACGGGUUUGAACUGAGUGGGAAUCCACAUAUGUGGAAUGCUGACUUAAUUUACAUUACAUAAAAUCCGUGUGGAUUUUUGACUGCAUGGGUGGUGGGUACCCCUAAGCCUGCAUUGUUCAAGGGUACACACCUGUCCUUCAAUAUCGUUGGUGAUCCCUGUAAGUUUUUUGAUCAAAGUCUGUUCUGCUCUUAGUCCUUAAAUUCAUUCCGCCAGCACUUAUUAUGCCACACUCACAUAUAAAACAAUGGAAUUGUGGCAGUAUGUAGUAAUACUCAUACUUGGUGUGAUUCUGAAAUGCUAAGAAUAUAUUCAGAAUGUUUACAGGCAUGUUUUGAACACCCACCUUGGAUCAUAAGCUAUACUAUUAAGAUGAAGUCUUAAAUGUCAGUAUGUACAAAUGUAUAUAGUUACAUUUGAUUACAUGAUUUGUGAUAAUGAAGUAUAACUAAUUUUUAGAGCUAUAAAUAAAAUACAAAGUCUCUGCGUUUCUGUAAUAGGCCUGUUAUAGUAAUGACCAGAUACUCAACCAAUGAUUUGCAAUCCCUGCUGGUUCUCUCCACUGGUUUUAUACACUUGGAAUUUAGGAAAUAGUACGAGAUGAGUACUCAGGGCAAAAUGAAACAAAUAGAACUCUAAUCCUGCUCCCAUCAUAGCAGAGUGUAUCUCAUCCAAAGCUGAGGCACGCUGAGCUAGAAAAACAGGGUCAGUGUUCCCUUAAGACUCCUUGUAUCCUUCCUUCUAUUCUCUUGCCCCAGGUACCUUACUAUGCUCAGACCAUUCUUGGUUGGUGUACAUAUUAAUAACUGUUGAGUAAUUGUGACUCAAAGACCUCAGAAAUGUAUCCUCAAAGACCAAUCA